AAUGAGUGCCGCAUGUUUCGCAUUCAGUUCGGCGGAGAUUCAAGAGAGCAGAUGCUGGAACAUUGCUGUAGUUGUGUUCAGAAGCUUGCAGAGUAUGUGCCGGUUCAAGCCCCUGAGGAGCAGAGCCAGCAGCUCUACCACAGCCUCAGUCAGCCAGCCAACGUUGGAAAGCAGCCAGAUGAGCCUCUACCAGAUUCCUGUGCAAGUCUUGGAGAAAGAAGAUCUGUAAUACAGCUAGCACAGUCGGUGCUGAAGACAUCUGCUCUGCCACUCGUGUACCAGCACUCAGUGUGGCAGGCCGGAGAGCUGGGGCCCUUCAUUCGCUUCUGUCUUAUGGACCAGAAUUUCCCAGCAUUUGUGGAAGAUGUGGAGAAAGAACUGAAAACACUCACAGAGGGCUGAGAAACACAAGCCUGUUGCCUCUGGAGCGCGGCUGCCGGGCCGCCCAGCACUCGGGAUGCGUAAGC